UGGAUGGUUUCUAAAAUGAUCAUUGAAAACUUCGAGGCACUGAAGUCCUGGCUCAGCAAGACUCUCGAGCCCAUCUGUGAUGCAGAUCCAUCAGCCCUAGCAAAAUAUGUUCUUGCUUUGGUAAAAAAAGACAAAAGUGAAAAAGAAUUAAAGGCAUUAUGUAUUGAUCAACUGGAUGUAUUUCUUCAAAAAGAGACACAGAUAUUUGUGGAAAAACUUUUUGAUGCUGUGAAUACAAAGAGUUACCUACCUCCCCCAGAGCAGCCAUCAUCAGGAAGCUUAAAGGUGGAAUUUUUUCAGCACCAAGAAAAAGAUAUAAAAAAAGACGAGAUCAUAAAAGAGGAAGAACGAGAGAAGAAGUUUUCCAGAAGGCUAAAUCACAGUCCUCCCCAGUCAAGCUCCCGAUACAGAGAAAAUAGAAGUCGUGAUGAGAGGAAAAAAGAUGAUCGUUCUCGCAAAAGAGAUUAUGAUCGAAACCCUCCUCGAAGAGAUUCAUACAGAGACCGGUACAAUAGAAGACGAGGUCGGAGUCGCAGUUACAGCAGGAGUCGGAGUCGAAGUUGGAGUAAAGAGAGGCUUCGUGACAGGGAUAGGGAUAGAAGCAGGACCAGAAGCAGGAGCAGAACACGAAGCAGGGAAAGAGAUCUGGUAAAACCCAAAUAUGACCUGGAUAGAACAGAUCCACUAGAAAACAAUUAUACUCCAGUUUCUUCAGUACCUAACAUUUCAUCUGGUCACUACCCUGUACCUACUUUGAGCAGCACCAUAACAGUAAUUGCUCCUACACAUCAUGGUAAUAACACUACCGAAAGUUGGUCUGAAUUUCAUGAAGACCAAGUGGACCAUAACUCAUAUGUCAGACCACCAAUGCCAAAAAAACGGUGUAGAGACUAUGAUGAAAAGGGUUUCUGCAUGAGAGGAGACAUGUGCCCUUUUGAUCAUGGAAGUGACCCAGUAGUUGUAGAAGAUGUGAAUCUUCCUGGUAUGCUGCCUUUCCCAGCACAGCCUCCUGUUGUUGAAGGACCACCUCCUCCUGGACUCCCCCCACCCCCACCAAUUCUUACACCCCCACCUGUGAAUCUGAGACCCCCAGUGCCACCACCAGGCCCAUUACCACCCAGUUUACCACCUGUCACAGAUGAUAUUUCUUAUUCUUUGGUUUUGACAGGACCACCACCACCACUUCCUCCUUUGCAGCCAUCUGGCAUGGAUGCUCCCCCAAACUCUGCAACCAGUUCUGUUCCUACUGUAGUAACAACAGGCAUUCAUCACCAGCCUCCUCCUGCUCCACCUUCUCUUUUUACUGCAGUUUUUGUAUUACCAGAUACAUAUGACACAGAUGGCUAUAAUCCUGAGGCCCCAAGCAUAACAAACACUUCCAGACCUAUGUAUAGACACAGAGUGCAUGCACAAAGGCCUAACUUGAUAGGAUUGACAUCAGGGGAUAUGGAUUUGCCACCCAGAGAAAAGCCUCCUAAUAAAAGCACUAUGAGGAUAGUAGUGGAUUCAGAGUCAAGGAAAAGAACGAUUGGUUCUGGGGAGCCUGGAGUUACUACAAAGAAGACUUGGUUUGAUAAACCAAAUUUUAAUAGAACAAACAGCCCAGGCUUCCAGAAAAAGGUUCAGUUUGGAAAUGAAAACACCAAACUUGAACUUAGAAAAGUUCCACCAGAAUUAAAUAAUAUCAGCAAACUUAAUGAGCAUUUUAGUCGAUUUGGAACUUUGGUUAACUUACAGGUUGCCUAUAAUGGUGAUCCUGAAGGUGCCCUUAUCCAAUUUGCAACAUAUGAAGAAGCAAAGAAAGCAAUAUCAAGUACAGAAGCAGUGCUAAACAAUCGCUUUAUUAAGGUUUAUUGGCACAGAGAAGGAGGCACCCAGCAAUUACAAACUACUUCUCCAAAGGUAAUGCAGCCUUUAGUCCAGCAGCCCAUUUUGCCUGUUGUGAAGCAGUCUGUCAAAGAGCGGUUGGGUCCAGUACCUACAAGUACUAUUGAACCAGCAGAAGCCCAGAGUGCCAGUUCAGACCUUCCUCAGAAUGUAACUAAAUUAUCUGUGAAGGACAGGUUGGGUUUUGUAUCAAAGCCAUCUGUUUCAGCAACUGAAAAGGUGUUAUCUACAUCUACUGGCCUAACAAAAACAGUGUAUAAUCCAGCUGCUUUGAAGGCUGCACAAAAAACCUUACUUGUUUCCCCCUCUGCAGUUGAUAAUAAUGAAGCACAGAAAAAAAAACAGGAGGCACUGAAACUUCAGCAGGAUGUAAGGAAAAGAAAACAAGAAAUUUUAGAAAAGCACAUUGAAACACAGAAGAUGUUAAUUUCAAAACUGGAGAAAAACAAAGCAAUGAAGUCUGAAGAUAAAGCAGAAAUAAUGAAAACUUUAGAGGUUUUGACAAAAAAUAUUACCAAGUUGAAAGAUGAGGUCAAAGCUACUUCUCCUGGACGCUGUCUUCCAAAAAGUAUAAAAACCAAGACUCAGAUGCAGAAAGAAUUACUUGACACAGAGCUGGAUUUAUAUAAGAAGAUGCAAGCUGGAGAAGAAGUCACUGAACUUAGAAGAAAGUAUACAGAAUUACAGCUGGAAGCUGCCAAACGAGGGAUUCUUUCAUCUGGUCGGGGCAGAGGAAUUCAUUCAAGAGGUCGAGGUGCAGCUCAUGGCAGAGGCAGGGGUCGGGGCCGAGGUCGAGGUCGAGGUCGAGGUGUACCUGGUCAUGCUGUGGUAGAUCACCGUCCAAGGGCAUUGGAGAUUUCUGCAUUUACAGAGAGUGAUAGAGAAGAUCUUCUUCCUCAUUUUGCGCAAUAUGGUGAAAUUGAAGAUUGUCAGAUUGAUGACUCUUCACUUCAUGCAGUAAUUACAUUCAAGACAAGAGCAGAAGCUGAAGCAGCUGCAGUUCAUGGAGCUCGUUUCAAAGGGCAGGAUCUAAAACUGGCAUGGAAUAAACCAAUAACUAAUAUUUCAGCUGUUGAAACAGAAGAAGUUGAACCUGAUGAAGAGGAAUUUCAGGAAGAGUCUAUGGUGGAUGACUCAUUACUUCAAGAUGAUGAUGAAGAAGAAGAGGACAAUGAAUCUCGUUCUUGGAGAAGAUGAUUUGACUGAUCAUUGAUCUGCACAUGCUAGAACUCUACCUGUGUUUCAUUAGUAUUAUCUAAUGUACUUUUACAUAUUUGUAAAAACAAUUUUUGGUAAAUGUGAUGAAGAUGGAUUUCACAAAUAGAAGAAAAGAAAACUACCUUCUGAUCCUGUAUUUUGAAAGAUUGAUGUUUGCAUUUUAUUUCAGUAAACAAUUGCUAAAGACAUCACACUAGAAACAUGCAAUGUUUUUAUUACAUACUUCUACUGAACAAUACAGAAUUCUUCGGGUUCUUUGUAAUUUAAUGAAUAGGUCUGAAAACUUAUGACCAAUACUUGUAAUAAUUUAGAGAAAUUUGUUUUACUCCAAAUAAGGAAUGAAUUUGCAUUUAAAAUCUUAAUGAAUGUUUUCAAAAAUGAAUAGAUAACAUAGUACUCUAACUAAAGUCUCCAAGUAUGUAUUCAUAAUAUUACAUAGUAGUAUGCUUAGGCUUUACUAUGUAUUAGCCUUUUGUUGGACUUGUGUAUGUAUUUUACCAUAUGGGUUUCAAUGAUAAUGGUGUAUGACUGCUUUGCAUAUGACUCUCCUUAUGCAUUCAGAUGUUUAAAAUAAAGUGGAAUGGUCUUUUAAAAAGAAAAGAAAAGAAAAAAAAAAGCAAUGACAAAAAAAACAACACACAACCAAGACGAUGUUCUUUGAUUUAAAAAAAAAAAAAAAGAAAAAAAGAAAGAAAAAAAAAUUAAAAUAGACCAUUCCUGAUGGUGAUCUACCCUUUCCCCCAAUUAUCACAAAAGGAGCUAUAAUCACUAACUUAUUCUUAGUAAUAAUGGUUACUGAUACCUUUAUAAUAAUGUACAAUCCAAUGUUUAAAAUUUAUACCACUUUAGUUUGGUUUGAUCCUAUAAAUUUUCAACAGAUGUCUUAAAAUUUAAAAGCAGGCUGAUUAGUUUGGAGCCAGACUUCAAGUAGAGCUAACAUUUGGUGAAUAAGAAAACCAUCACAUUACAUUUUGGAUGUAUGAAAGAAAACUUGACCAUUUGAAGAUGUAUGAAUAAAGAAAUGUACUAUAGAUACUACUUUAGGAAAACAGUUUGGUAAGUGUUUCAGUCUGAUAUUUUAAGUGUGCGUUUCCUAUAUUUGUAUAAAAAUACUUGACAUUUACAACAUUGUGAUUUUUAAGUGGAUUUCUCUGGCAAGUGAACGUGAUCACUUAAAGUUGUUACAGGAUAUAAAUGCAUUCUUUGUAGAAUGAAGGGGUGGGAGGAUACAUAUUUAUAUUUUUAAAUUCAUCAUUUUGUUUACAAGUAUUUCUGCCCCUCCUGAGAUUAUAGUGAUUAUAUUAAAAGUCACAUCAAAAACAUAACUUUCUUUCCAUACUGUGGUCCUCACAAUCACAAACUGUAAUUCCACCACCCACACUCUUCUACCAGUGGAGUGACUAGUGGAUUUUUUCCACACGUAGGGUUAAAGUUAUAUAAUGUUCUUGAUGGUAAUACUGUUUCAUAGGAAUGUUUUGACUUGCAAUUAGUGCAUAUGUUUAUAUUUAAAAUUUCAAAGUCAGAUUUCUUUUGUCCAAAUAGUGACUUUACUCAAAAACUCCUUCACUAUCCUUAGAUCUAAGAUAGAUUUUUGAGUAGUCUCUUCUAUGUUGACUAUAUACUAUUCUGAUUUGUUAGGUAAGUUUGUUUUCUUUUCUUUUUAGUAGUCGUGAAAGGUGCCAAAUUGGCAGAGGCUCACGUUUCUUCUUUUUACACCAAACAGGUAUUAUAAAGAAAAAAAAAUAUUUCAAAGGCCAGUUAAAUCUCCAUGCUGAUUUUUGGCUUUAUAAUUUGAUUAGUAAAUUUUAGCCUGAUAUUUUUUAAAUUACUGUAAAAUCCCUUAUUAUGUAACUGAAAUUACCUAUUAUUUAAAUUCACAAAUAGGUAAUUACUCUUCCUAGUUUUACAUUCUCUAGUAACCUAAAAUUAAAAUGUUUUAAGCCAUUUUGCUGUGAAUGAAUCAGAAGACAAGUAUUUAUCAGUUUGGUCCAGAAGUAUGGGGAUUAAAUAUUAGCAACAUUCAUUAGAUUCACAAUUAUAUUUUUAGCAAUGAUUUUAAUUGUAAAUAUUACUUAGAUUUUCAUUGCUAUUGAGUUUUUAAAAUUAAUAUGUCUAUAAGUUCUAGUAGUCUACAUGUACUUUCAUCUAUUCUCAUUCAAAACUUAAGCUAUCCCUUUAAAUCAGCUGUUAAAUUUCCAUUUUACAGAUAAGGAAAUUUGGGAUAAUAGAGAUGGAAUGACUUGUCCAAACACUGCUAGUCAUGGAAAGGCUAGAAUUGAAUGCACUCAUUCUGAUUUCAGUGCCAGCUAUAGUUUUUUAAAAACUAUAUUGCUACCUCCUUUCUAAUUGAUUGAGCAUGAAAUUGUGUGCAAUAAAUGUGUAGUUCUUGCACAAUAUUAGUGGACUUCUUGGUCAUUAGCCAGUUCAUAACUUUACUCUCCCUUUUAAUACAGCGCUUUGUUCAUAUCUCUGUUACAAGUACUUAUAUUGCAAUAUAAUUUAUCUGGUUUAUAUGUCUGUCUUCCCCAUUAGAUUACAAGCUCCUCUAGGAAGGGGACCAUGUCUUAUUCAUCUUUUUAUCUCUAGUAAUUAUCACAAAGCCUGGCUCAUAGUGGGCACUAAGAUGUUUGUUGGAUGAAUUAAUGAAUGAAUGCACAUUUGAAUCUCCAAUAAUGGAGUGACAAUUACCUCCCUUGUCAAUUCUUAUCAAUUUUUCAAAAAUAUCUCCUGAAGCUCUUCUCAGUCAUUGGGACUAACCGUUUUGCUAAAAAAUUGCUACAGUUAGGUAUUGCACCACUGGGGUUACAAAUGCUGAUGGAGGAAUACACAGGUAGUCUGGAAUUUCCAUAAACUAAGCCAUUAAUAUUUUUAGAGAGUUAAAUGUUGUAGUCAGUUUCAGAAGUAAAAUGGCCUUUUGGUUUCUAUUAGUAUGUAAGAAUAGAAAUGGCAAGGGUCACUAAUCUAGUCCAUCCCACUGUUUUUUAUAUCUAGUCCAUUCCCUAGUUUAGAGUACUGGAAAAGGGUUAAGAGAUUUAGCUUUUGGUCCCAGCUCUAUAACUCACUCUGUGGCCUUAGAUAAGUCUCUUAACUUAUCCAGGGCAGUUUCCUUGUCUGUAAAAUGAAAGUGGUUGGACUAGAUGAUCUCUAAGUUUCCUUUCACAUUUAUAGCUUCCCUGGUGUAUAUUAGCGUUUAAUCUAAAACAAUUUAAUAUAUCUAUACCAAUUCUACAUACUUGUUGCUACUGUUUCUGUCUUAUCAAUUGAAACAAUUUCAAUUUGGUUAUGAUAAUUCAUAUUAUGUGUCUUAGUACAGUUUUAUAUAUAGUAUUCUCAAAUGCUUGCCUUUGCUGGCACAAAUUUCAUUUAGCCUAUGAAGUAUGGAUUAACUUCUGUAUUCACUAGCACUUUUCCUUUCUGCUUAUAACUCUUCCAUUCACUUCUGAAUUCAAAGUUUAAAACUCUUUCCUAUUAUAAUAUGCUACCUAAAACUUGAAACACAUUUUUAAAUACAGUUCUCUUAUUAAGUAUAGAUCUGGGCUGAAUUGGGAGUGAAAAAAGGAUUGAGAAUAAUGUAGUUAACUACUGCUUACAGGAAAAAAAUUAAGGAAAAUUAUGUAUUAUUGGAUAAAAGAUUGAUUAGGAUUACUUCAAGGGAUGGUUGAAUUGUCAUUUUACAUAUUCAGUAUUUUAUGUCUCAACCUAAGCAGUGUUGUUUUAAAUGUUAUUGGAUAAUUGUAACAUUUUAAAAUUUAAUUUUAGUAUUUAACCAAUGCCCAAGCAUUUAUUGAAAUCAUGUUGUAGGAAUGGGAGAGUAUUGCAUAGUGCUUGUUUUAUUGCAAUAUGAUCAAAUGUAUCAAUUAGUAGUUUACUAUGAAGACAAGAUUUCACUGUGUUAGCUGAUUAUCU